AUGAGGCAAGCGUACAAGAAGGAUAAUUAUGGUGAUCACAUUGAUCGAAUUAGUGAGUUACCUGGUACUGUGAUUGAUUGCAUCCUAGGACACUUGAACGUCCGAGACCUAGUUAGGACCAGUAUUUUGUCUAGAAAAUGGAGGUAUAUGUGGAUUUCAGUUCCACGAAUUGAGUUUCAUGAAGAAUUUUACAAUUUGUUUAAUAAUCUUGAUGACCCUGCCUCGGAAUUUUGUAGAAUUAUCACGGAAAUUCUUUUCCUCCAUAAUGGGCCAAUAAAUGACUUUAUUCUUCAAGUCCCUUGCGAUUCCAAGCACAAAAUAACAUAUACAUAUCUUAAUAAGUGGAUUCUGUUUUUGUCAAGGAAACAUGUUAAAUAUAUUUAUUUGGAUAACUAUGAGAAAGAUAACAUUCAAACUCCAUCUCAUCUCUUCUCUUGUCAAGGAUUGACUUACUUUAAAUUACACUCUUUUAACUUGUCAAUUCCACCUAAUUUUUGUGGCUUUAAGAGUCUGCUUCAUCUUCACUUACAAUUUAUGACAUUUGAGUCGGGUGCACUUGAGACUCUUCUACCCGCCUGCCCGUUACUUAAACAGCUCGGCAUUGUGUAUUGUUCUGGCUAUGAAUGUAUCGAUCUUUCUUCUUCUACUCUAACUGAUCUCACAGUCUCAAUUAGAGGGAAUUGCAUAUUUCGUUUGAAUAAAAGUUUGCCAAUAAUUCAGAGGCUUGAGGUGGAAUUACCUUCCGAGAUGUUGUAUGCACAUGCAGAUAUCUUUCCUUUGUCACAGAUGAUAAACUUAAAGUAUCUCUGUUUAGAUGAUGUGAAUUUGGAUGAAAGAGAAGAAUUUUUGUAUAUUGUUAGUGUACUCAAAAGUGCUUCUAACCUCGUGGAAUUUGUUAUAGCGACUUAUUAUACGUGGGGUUGUAAGAUACAAGCGCCGGAGCCUUCAGAAAAGUUAGAGUGCAGUUGUUGUUGCCUUAGUGAACUUGAGGAGGUUAGCAUCACAGUUAGAAGCAGAAAUAAACAUGUAAUGAGUUUGGCACGGUUCAUUCUUGCAAAUUUCUCAUCGUUAAAAACUCUUACUAUUUAUCUUCCUUUUCGUACACAAUCAGAUGCGCUGAUAUUGUCAGGCCUUUUGCGAGACUUGUUACGGAUGGAACGAGCAUCGCAAAAGGCACAAGUUGAAUUCCGCCAUAGCCAUACAUAG